UUGCACCUCUCUUCACCACUCUCUCCCUUACUUUUCUCUUCCUUUCUCCGGUGCAUAUCCCUUGCUUGAUUUGUUCCUUUUCGCCCAUAUUUUCCUCCACUUUCUUUAACCUGAAGGCACCACGUACUGCACGUUCUCUGUCUUGAUUAUCAUCUCUUUCCCAUCUCAUCUUCCUCAGCACUGUUUCGCUCACCUUCCUCACACUUAUCCUUCCCCUCCUGUCACAAUGUACUCCUCUGAGGAGCUCUGGAACUCCACUGAGCAGGUCUGGAUCAACGGCUCUGAGGCGAACUUCUCUCAGGGAAGACGUGGGGACAGUGAGGAUGAGGAAGCAGAUCAGCACCCCUUCCUCACGGACGCCUGGCUGGUGCCCCUCUUCUUCGCCCUCAUCAUGCUGGUCGGACUGGUGGGCAACUCACUGGUUAUUUAUGUCAUUUCCAAGCACCGGCAGAUGAGGACGGCAACCAACUUCUACAUCGCAAACCUGGCUGCCACCGACAUCAUCUUCUUGGUGUGCUGCGUCCCCUUCACUGCCACCCUCUAUCCUCUGCCCGGAUGGAUUUUUGGCAACUUCAUGUGCAAGUUUGUUGCCUUUCUACAGCAGGUGACAGUCCAGGCCACCUGUAUAACUCUGACAGCUAUGAGCGGGGACCGCUGCUACGUCACAGUCUACCCUCUGAAAUCCCUCCGCCAUCGCACCCCAAGAGUAGCCAUGAUCGUCAGCAUCUGUAUUUGGAUUGGCUCUUUUAUCCUGUCCACGCCGAUUUUAAUGUACCAGCGUAUAGAGGAGGGUUACUGGUAUGGGCCAAGGCAGUACUGCAUGGAGAGAUUCCCCUCUAAGACACAUGAAAGGGCUUUCAUCCUCUACCAGUUCAUUGCUGCUUACCUGCUGCCUGUCCUCACUAUUUCCUUCUGCUACACUCUGAUGGUGAAGAGGGUGGGGCAGCCCACUGUCGAACCUGUAGACAACAACUAUCAGGUCAACCUACUUUCUGAGAGAACUAUCAGCAUCAGGAGCAAAGUCUCUAAGAUGGUGGUAGUAAUCGUCCUCCUCUUCGCCAUCUGCUGGGGUCCAAUCCAGAUCUUUGUCCUCUUUCAGUCUUUCUAUCCAAACUAUCGACCCAACUAUGCCACAUACAAGAUCAAGACAUGGGCCAACUGCAUGUCCUACGCCAACUCUUCUGUCAACCCCAUAGUUUAUGGUUUCAUGGGAGCCACCUUCCAAAAGUCCUUCAGGAAAACCUUUCCAUUUCUGUUCAAGCACAAGGUCAGGGAUAGCAGCAUGGCUUCAAGGACUGCCAAUGCUGAGAUCAAGUUUGUUGCUGCCGAGGAAGGCAACAACAAUAAUGCAAUGAACUGAACCUAACAACUGAAUAUGGGAAAAAUUACAUUAUUGUCUGUAUUCAGAGCCGUUGCUGUUGCAAGAAAAUUAAAAUAAGGAACAUUUUCUAUCCCAGGGUUCAUUGGGUGAAAGCCUCAAAACAGCAACGGGCUCAUUUCAAAGGGACAGAGCAUCUGUUUUACAGAUGCAUUUAUGGUCGUGUGAAUGAAAACAGCUAAUUAACAAACUGAUAUGGGGAACAGACUCACAACAGGGAUGGACAUUAACAGUGUUUGGCAUAAUAUGUUGCCUACUCUUCUGCCAAGACCAGCAGCAUUGGCACAUAAUAUCAUCUAGUGAGCUGCCAAACAUCACAGCCAAACAACGGAGGAAAGUUAUACACAUCUGAUGACGAAAGAGGAACAUUUUGCCUGAAAGCUGCAGAUGGGAGUCCUAAUCCCUGUGGUCUGCGGCUUUGCCAUAAAGUUGUCAGCAUUUGGACAGCUGAUGGUAUUAUGUAUUCUCAGACACAUGAGAAUAUAGCAUUUUGAAAAUGACUGAAGGCAAAGUGGACGUUGUGAAUGAACAAUAGAUACUCUAGAAUA